AUGGCUCUAGUGACCAUCUCUGGCUACCCGUCGUCGGGAAAGUCUACGAGGGCUCUACAAUUGAAGAAGUACUUUGAGGACAAGAUUAGUGAACCAGUCUACGAAGGGCCGCUGAAAAACGUUGUGCUCAUCUCGGAUGACUCGCUGGGAUUGACACGUGAUGGUUAUAAUGAUGGACGGGCAGAGAAGCCUCAGCGGGCUGCACUUUUUACCGCAGUCCAGCGCAACCUUGGCACGAGCACAGUCGUGAUUGUGGAUGGGCUCAAUUACAUCAAAGGCUUUCGAUAUCAGAUGUAUUGCGCUGCGCGAGAAGCUCAAGCGCGUGUGGCUACACUUUUUGUCGCUGCGACACCAGAGAUUUGUCGUACAUGGCACCAGAGCAAGCCAGAAGAUGCGCGAUAUACAGAAGCGACGUUUGAAAACCUGAUUCAGCGUUAUGAAGAGCCAUCAUCCAUGGUGAGAUGGGAUUCGCCGCUCUUUACCGUCCCCUGGAAUGAAGCAGAGACACCGGUCGAGGGCGUCUGGCAGGCGAUUACAGCUGGCGUGCUGAAACCUCCAAACGCUGGCACGAAAGCGAUUGCAAAGCCACCUGCCGAUGCGCUGCAGGCGCUCGAGACGACAGCGGCGACGAUUGUGGCGACUAUCAUGGAGGCGCAGGGUCUGGGAGGAUCGAGUGGAGGCAAAACGAGGAUCUGGAGCAAGUCGGGUGGCCAAACGGAAACGGCAGUGUACAUGCAGCUGCCCGCUCGGACAGUCACCCUCGCGGAGCUGCAGCGACUAAAGCGACAGUUUGUGAGCAUGCACAAGAAGGCAAUUACUCAAGGUGCAACGGAGAAUGGCCCAGUAGACUGGACAGAGGACGGGAUUGCGGAAAAGCUCGGCGAUUAUCUGGAGGAGCGCUUAGUGGCUGGAGUAUGA